AUGGCAGGAAAGAAACGCCCUCAUGUGGAUUCGGACACGGAGGAGGAAAAGUCGAACGCCACGCGUUAUAUUGUCGACGCUACGGAGCACAAGGUAAAAGAAGAAGUGAACCCCAAAGACCAACCAUCUCAGGACCAAAGCAAGCAAGGAAUGAAACGCUCUCGCGUCGAUUCGGAUACGGAGGAGGAAAAGUCGAACGCCAAGCGUUAUAUUGUCGACGCUAUGGAGCACAAGGUAAAAGAAGAAGUGAACCCCAAAGACCGACCAUCCCAGGACCAAAGCAAGCAAGGUAAAACUGCCGAGCAGCAUGAUGCAGAGCUGAAAGUAGAAGAAAACUCCGGGAAACGUGCUCGGAAGUCAGAGAGCACUGAUGCGCCUCAAGCGCAACGCAAAAAUGAUGGAUCCGCCGCCAAUCAAGGGAGGUUUUUUUACGAUUACGGCCGCAGAACCAAACUUCGCACCAGUGUAAGGGCCUGUAAGACUCCCGCUGAUUGUGCGAGUAUCCUCAACAAGAUUCCUGCUGGUAAUCUUGUUGAGCUUGCGUUUGCUUUGAACGACGCAAAGGAGGAUCAUCGCCGCCAGUUGUUUGGUAUGCUUCCCAAAACUGUUUAUCCCCAGAUUGUCGACAUUCUGGUGAAUGCAUACCAGGACAAAACUCGAUACGAUUCAAAGUUUCUAUUUCCUCAUGUUGCUUUUAGCAAAGUCUUGCAAACAUUACCGCAAGAUGAGCGUAUAUGCAAUAUCUGCAAGGGAGACUUUGAAGAGCUUGAGGACAUGAUUCCAAAAGGCUGUGGGAAGCACUCGUUUCACAAAAAAUGCUUGAUCAAACAGCUUAAUAGGGAUGAGUUGCCAUUCUUUGCACUCUGUUCAUGCUUCUAGGCAUGGAGUAAGCAAAGCUGGGACUGCUUCAUCUUUAACUAUUCAAAGUAACUUAGCUUAGUCAAUGGAGUUUGGACCAGUGAUUUCCACCACUAUUGAUGAUGCGCGUUUGAGGGUAACUUCUCUAGUUUGCCAUCCUAUGAACGCGAUUUCCGCGUUGGGGAUCAUAUCGUCACUUAGUUAUCUACAAUCAAUUGUUGAAUGUCC